UGUCACUUAACAUGUGAAUGUUCUGGGGGGUGAAGCCCAGGGGUCUUUAGAAACCUCUCCUUCUUUGCCCCCCCCACCUACUCCAUUUUUUAAGCAGAAGCAGCAUGGAGUUUCUGAGCCACAAUCAGACCCAGAGGAGGGGCUUUGUCGGAUGAGGAGGGGGAGAGAGUGAGAGAAAAAAGCCCAAGGAAGGUAAAGGGGGCACUUUGCCGCCUAGCUGUCUGGUACAGGAUCAACCUGCAGCAGCAGCAGUGCUGGUGGAACCAGUACAAUCUGACCUCCAUGUGGAAACUGCUCUUGGCUGGCAACUGUGGGAGUUCAACUGAGCCGUUGGAAUACAUUGUCUUCAUCUGGGCACACUAUCCCAUCAGCGGCGUUAACAAGGAAGGAAUUCCUCUAUCACAGCUCCCACAACAAAGAAGAAAGGGAGAGGAGCAGAGCUGGUGGGAGGAGAAGUGAUGUGAUGUGAGGGGAGGGGAGGGGUGCACUGUGAGGGGAGAGGAGGACAUUGUUUGCCUGUGACUUUGGGCAACGGAAAAGCAUGAGUUAUCAGGGCAUGUGUGUGAGUGUGUUUAGAAAGAGUGUUUGUAUGCGAGCAUGUGUGAAUGAGUGAACUAUGCAAGUGUGUGUUUGUGAGGAGCCCUCACUCUGGGAUGUUGGAGCGGGGAGGCCGUUCAAAGGAUGCUCAAACAAAGCUGGACUUUUUUUUUUCCUCCCCUUUUUGAAUGGUGAUUGAGGACUGGCUGAAUUCCUUUACUCAUGCUGUUGCUCUCAACUCUGCUUCAGGGUAGCUGGAGACCCGCUUGCAUGUAUGGCCGAGGGGCCUUACCUCACCUAUUACCUCACUAGCCUCUGGGCUGAAGGAUUAUGGGUAACCUCAUUAGCCGGCCCAGCUGCCUGGGCCAGAAGUCCAAGCAUGUGAGGUCAGACGAGGACUUCCUUAAGAAGUGUUACCAGCGACCAAAAGAGUGGCAGUCCCCGGAGCAACAUGGGGAGGCUCAACAAGAGGAGGCUGUCAAAGACAAGUCCAGAGAUGGUACGGACAAGGACGGAGAGAUGGAUGGAGACAAAAAGACAGAGGACAUUGAUUAUAAGCGGGAUGAGGGGACUCAUACCCCCAUUUCAGACAAACCCCUCCGCAGCUCUCCAGCAUCCACGAUCAGGAGUAGCAGUACUCUUGAUAACGCCUGGCACAGUAGCCCUUCACCAAUUAAAACAUCCCGAAAUGGGACAUUGACAAGGAGAACAGUGCUUCCGGAGUUUGCCAGAUCUCCACUGGCGUAUCCGGACAAGACCACUCCAGAGAGGAGGGCCAGCCUUCAGAGGAGAGACUCCAGGGAAGGAAGUCCAUGGUCCUGGAAGACUUUAGCAUCACGUGAAGUCACAGAGGUGACGGAGGUGACAGAGACGGUCGUAACGGAAAUUGUCGAAGUGACUGAAUAUCCAACGGGAAAUAAAGGAGGAGACCCCAUAGUCACCAGAACUGUUAGAGUCCUGAAUGGAGUGGCCGAGGAACUCGCUGAGCUCCAGAAUAAUGGACACUCAAGCUCAGACCAGGAUUCCAGCCUGGUUAAAUGGAGGGGAACAAAAUCGGCCUUGGCUUUGAGGGAUGUGGGAACAGACCCUGAGACUUUUCUUCAAAACCUGAAUGCAUUGCUCACAUGGAUCGGUGAAAUAGAAGAGCUCACGGCCAAUCAGAAAUCCCCAUCGUCAGAGGUCAAAGUGGUAAAAGCACAGCUCCAGGAACAAAGGCUCUUGCAGCGCCUUCUUACAGACCGUCUGCAUAGUGUGGACUCUAUGAUGUCCGAGGGUCCCCGGUUGGUAGAGGCCCACCCAGGAGAGGAGGGGGAGCAGGCAAAGGUCAAGCUCUCCACUCUCAAACUGAAGUGGGAGGCCUUGCAGCUGGAGGCAGAGCAAAGGAGGGCGAGUCUGGAGCUCAUUCUGCCCAGGGCACAGCUCUUCCAGGAGGGAGUAGACGGCCUGCAGCAAUGGCUCAUAUCUGUAGAACAGACUCUGGCUGAACUACGAAAUGCAGAAAGAGUGAUGCUGCACCUCUCAGAGGCCACAGAUCGUGCCAAGGCUAUUUGUGAAGAGAUACAAGUCAAAACCGUGGAGUUAGGGAAAAUCCAAAAGUGCGGACAUGAUCUGAUGGAAGCAAUUUCAGAGGAGGAAGCCCAGCAGGUGCAGGAGAGGAUCGAUGCACUGCGCAUUCGUUGCUCUGUGUUGAGUCUGAGCAGUCUGGAUGUGCUACAGCGGCUGGAGCAGGCCGUGGAGGCCUCUAGUCGUUGCACCUCCAGCCAGGAAGACCUCCACCUGUGGCUGGGUCGCAUUGAGAGGGAGCUCUUGGCAGCAGCAGGAGCACAGACACAUGCCGGGGAUGCAGUACUAUGUGCAGCUGAAAGACAGAGGCUUGAAAAGGCGGUUGUGAAGGAGAUGUCCUGGUUCAAAAACACAGCACUGGGUCUUGAAAAGCUGAAAACCAUUAAACUGGAUCCAGAGCUCAUAGCAGAACAACUGUAUGAGCAGAAGAUUUUGGCCGUCGAGAUUCUCCAACACAGGUUCAACAUUGAGAAGAUGGUGAGGAUUGCUGAAAUCCUGCUAACUUACAGUGAUGAAGGAGAAGCAGCUGAUCUCCAGACCCCAAUAGAUGUGUUACAGGAACAAUGCAACACCACCUCAGCCACUAACUCCCAUGUGGUGCUGCAGCUAGAGCAUGCCCAGUCACUUCUUCUCCAGUUUGCUGAGAGCUUUGCUGAAGUCUCACCUUGGCUAGAAGAGACUCAGACUGUCAUUGGCCACCUCUCCCUGAGCACAAUUAGCUAUGAAGCAUUUCGGGAACAACAGGACCUCUUACAGGGUCUGCGGGAGUCCAUAGCUGAACACAGGCCCUUGAUUGCCCGCCUCUGCUCUCUGGCAAAACGGUUGUCAGAACUAAAUCCUAUUCUGGGGACAGAGUUUUGUCGCAAGGCUGCAGAUGCUGAGGAGCAACAUAGAGCCAUCAGGGAACGCGUCAGAGAGACUGCCAGUCUUCUUGAGGAGUCAUUGCCACGAUUCACACAGUUGAAUGAGAGAAUGACCCUAAUCAGAGAGAGUCUGGACCGCUUGCACAGUCGCAUACAGACUCCAACCUCACUUCAAGGACUCACCCCGAGGAUCCAGGAGCAGCUGCAUGACAACAAGCACACCCUGGCUGAGCUGUCUAAACUGGAGCUGGGCCUCAGCAGUGUCAAGACUCAGGCAGAUGAGCUGCUGUCCAACACACUGGCUGCUGGUGAUGCAUCCAUCGGCACAGCAAUCCAGGAGCGAGUGUCCAGCCUGUCUCAGCUGUGGGAUGAGACACACUCUCAGGCCCAGGAAAGGGAAAGCUGGCUGCUCAAACUUUUGGAUCUUGCCAUGAAGUUCUGGAGUGAUGUUGCUGAUGUCACAGCUGCCCUGAAUGAUGCACAGCAGGCAGUUUUGGACCUCAGUGCUAAUCGGACAGACUCUGAGACAAUCCGCCAGAGCCUCGAAACCAUGCAGACCGUCAGGGAGGAUAUUGACAGUCUACAAGCAGAUCUGGACACCCUCGGCAUCGUGGGAAUGGACCUCAUGUCAGCAUGUGGGGAUACAGACAAACCAGAUGUUACUAAGAGCCUUGAUGAACUCUACUGCACCUGGAACAACUUGAGCAAACUGUGGAACGAAUGUCACAAAAAGCUGGAGGAUUCCUUACAGAUGGCCCUCAACUAUCAAGACACGAUGCAGGGUCUUUUUGAGUGGUUGAAGUCAGUUGAGCUGAGGUCUACUGAGGAAUUCAUAGUCGGAACUGACCUGGAGUCGGUCAAAGAGCAGCUAUGCGAUCUCAAGGAGUUCAAGCGAGAACUUUACCAGAAGAAGAUUGAGAUCGAAAGCCUGAACCAUCGUUUUGUUUGCCGGCUCUCUCCAGGCUCUGAGCGUCCGGGCUCAGUGUCUCCACUCUGUGACUUCAGACAGCGUUGGGACAGCCUGGAGUCAGAGACGGUCAACAGACAGCAUCAGCUGGAGUGUGCUCUGCUGGGUCUGGGUCAGUUCCAAAACACACUGGAUGAGCUGCACACAUGGCUCUCCAGAACCGCAGAGCAACUGCAGGGCAGCCAGCCAGUCAGUAUCGACCUGCAGACCUGUGAAAUAGAGCUGGCUAAACACAAGGUCUUGCAUAAUGACGUCAUGUCCCAUGUUCGCACUAUGGAGUCACUGAACCAGGCGGGCAGGGGACUGCUGGAGGUUGGGUCUGGCGAUAGUUCACAUGGUCUGCAGUCUCACCUCGAGCAGCUAAAUGAAAGCUGGGAGUUUGUUCGAUGUGAGGCUGAGCGAAGGCAACUGGAACUUGAGAACAGACUGAGUCAGGUCCAAGAUGUUACAAUGGAGAUUCAGGAUCUUCUGCAGUGGCUGGAGAACACAGACCUGAGAUUGUCCUCCACUAAGGCCAUGUGGGGAAUGCCAGACUCUGCCAGUGAAAGGCUCAGUGUGCACUCGGAGUUGUGCAAUGAGAUGGAGUCAAAGCUUCACGCCUUCACAGAUGUGAAGAAUGCCAUCCACAGGAUGCUGGAGAGCAGCAAUGUUGUGCGGGGGUCGAGCACUGAACACAACCUCUCGAUUCUUGAACAGAAAUGGGCAUCUGUUUACAGCAAAGUCCAGGAGCGAAAGGCUAAACUCACAGAGGGAGUGAGUCUGGCCAAGGAGUUCCACAGUAACGUCCAGGAACUUCUCACUAAGAUGAGCAAAUGUGAAGAGUCUAUUGGGCUUCUUCCUUCUCCCAGCUUUGUUUUGGACACUGUUUGCACUCAGCUGAAGGAUCAUAAAAAACUGAUGAAUCAAGUGAACGGUUACUGUGAGAAAAAGACCACAGUGGAGAACACAGGCUGUAGGCUAAGUGAGCUGAGCAGGAAGGAAGACAGUGAUGUCAUUCAUAACCUAAUAAUGACUGUGCAGGAUCGAUUCAAGAAGCUACAACAACGCACCUCGGAAAGAGGCAAGAUGCUGGAGCAGGUCAAAAAGAACGCCAAGCAGUUCCGUGAAUCUUGGCGCAUACUAUUGGACUGGAUGACUGACGUAGAGCAGACGCUGGACACACACAAAGAGAUUGCUGUGCCUCAUGAGGAGAUUAAACGACAACUGUCUGAACAGAAGGAGUUCCAGAAGCUGCUCAGGCUUAAGAGGCCCAUGUAUGAGGUUACGCUAAAGAGUGGUCGCAGCCUCCAUGAGAGAGCUCAGACCAGCCAUGACAGACAACACCUGGAAAACCUACUGGCUGAACUCAAAGACACAUGGGACACCAUCAGUGGCAAGUCUAUGGAGAGACAACAUAAGCUGGAGGAGGCGCUGCUGUUCUCAGGCAGAUUCACCGAUGCUCUCCAGGCACUGAAUGACUGGUUGUACAGAGCAGAACCACAACUGGCUGAGGAUGUUCCUGUUGGUGGAGACAAAGACAUGGUCAAUAAUCUGAUAGACAAACACAAGGCAUUCCAAAAGGAGUUAGGGAAGCGAGCCGGAUGCAUCAAGACCCUGAAGCGCUCGGUGAGGGAUCUGACCAGGAGCAGCACAGCUGAUGCACACUGGCUGCAGGAGCAGAUGGAUGAACUGGAGGAACGCUGGGAGGCUGUGUGCAAGCUGUCAGUCAGCAAGCAAGACAGACUGGAAGCUGCUCUUCUGCAGGCAGAGAAGUUUGAUGGCCUUGUUCACUCUUUCAUGGAACACCUUGCCGAGGCGGAGAGGAUAUUGAAAUAUGGGCUAAUACCUGAGGAGGAGGAAAGUCUGCGUGCCUUCCGCAAACAGCACGAGGAAUCAAUGAGUUUGCUGCAGUCUCAGAAUGUGGAGUUGGAGAACAUCCACUGUCUGGGUGAGGAGAUUCUUGCCUCCUGCCACCCAGACUCUGUCAUCACCCUCAAAUCCUGGAUCAGUGUCACCAAAACCCGCUAUGAGGAGGUACAAACAUGGGCUCAGCAGCAGGGCCGGAAGAUCGAGGCCAGCUUGUCGGCACUGGACGCAGAGAAAGAGGAGGUUCAGAGACUUCUAGACUGGAUCUCCUCUGCAGAGGAAGCCCUCAACUUCAGAGACCAAGAGCCUCCGCCUGAAUCCACAGAGCAGAACCAGGAGCUCAUUGAGCAACACACGGUAUUCAUGGAGGAGUUGAAUAAAAAAUUUCCAGAGGUUGAACAUUCCACAAAGACCUGCAAACACAAGAGAAUUCCAAAACGGCAAGUGUCCCCAAGUAAAAGGCCCCUCACAAAGAGGAGGAGCAACCAGAAGCUGCAGCCUGCUCUACCAGUUCCCCUGGAGCACCUUGACCCCCAGACUCCACAGCUCUGUCAGCUGGUCAGUCGGUGGCAGAAGCUUUGGCUGCUGGCUAUAGCGAGACAGAGUCGCCUGGAACAACAGCAGCAAACACUCAAAGAGAUGGAGGAAUUUGCACACUUUGACUUCAACAUCUGGCGGAAGAGUUACAUACAGUGGAUCAGUCAUCUGAAGUCGCGCAUCUUAGACGUGUUUCGCAGCAUCGACCGCGACCAGGAUGGACGCAUCAGCCAGAAGGAGUUUAUUGAUUAUGUCCUCGCCUCAAAGUUCCCCACCAACUCUCUGGAGAUGAACGCAGUGGCAGCCAUCUUUGACAUGAAUAGCGACGGCUUCAUUGACUACUAUGAGUUUGUAAGUGCACUUCACCCCAGCAGAGAUCCCUACAGGAAAACACUGGAUGCGGAUCAAAUCAAUGAAGAGGUGAGUCGGCAGGUUUCAAAGUGCAAUUGUCCCAAGAGGUUCCAAGUGGAGCAAAUAAGUGCCAAUCGAUACAGGUUUGGAGAUUCACAGCAGCUGCGGAUGGUUCGUAUCCUGCGAAGCACCUUGAUGGUGAGAGUGGGAGGAGGCUGGACUGCAUUAGACGAGUUCCUGGUCAAGAAUGACCCCUGCAGAGUGAAAGGUCGGACCAACCUGAAGAUCAAGGAGAAGUACUUGUCUCCUGCAGGAAGCACGGCUAAAGGUUUGAGUGUCAGCAGAUCCAACUCGAGCCUCAGCCUCUACAGCAGUGCCUCUGCCCCCACCAGCCCCAUGACACGCAAGGCAUUGCUCCGGAGGAGUUUAUCAGGUGAUCGCUGCAUUCGUCCCAGGAGCUCCAUAGCUGCUUUGGCGUCUGAUUUACAGUUUGUUACAGCAGGGGAGGACAUCUCAGCAUCUGUCCUGUCCUCACCAUCAGAUGAAGCAGAGAUGUUACCCACAUGAUUGCCUCUGCCUCCAAACAGCAUGUGUGCGCUGCAGCGCUGAACCCAAACACACAGCCUCGGGUGGGGGGGGGCCUUGAAAGUAAUUGAGAGUAAUUGCUUUCAGUCAAAUCUGAAAAGCGACUCUGACGGAAAGUUACAAAGGACACGACAGGUGACGCAGAGAGUCUUUAGCUUUGAUAAGCCUCGGUGAAGAUAAUGUGUGGAAAACGAGGACGUCGCAUUUCAUACAAUACGGUUCUGAUUACAUAGAGAGUUGAGAAGUUCUGCAUGGAUGCUUUUUGCAUGAUAGAGAGAGCCUUGCUUAAAUUAGAUCAUGUUGGGUUUUUUUUUGUCAGCUUGAUAUUCUUUUAAUGAUAAGCAAAAUAUGGGCGGUGGAAGUGAUUUAAAGGUGACAUACAGCUAGAACAUAUUUGUAUAUGAUAUGUGAGGGCGCUGUACUGUUUGACUGCUCCCAACUGGCAUCCAAAAAAACAUAUACCAAAUCCAUUAGAGGGUACAGCAUGCUGUCCGUCCUUUUGAUAUUGUUUUUUAUUUCAGUUAUUUCACUCCAUGAAGAUGAUGUUGUUGGCAGGGCCACGUUCUUUCUCUCUUUUCACCUUUUUUAUUGAUGCCAUGUUUUUAAAUUCUUUUGUAUUUUUUUUUUAUUCUAUAUUGCAAAGAUGUUGUAAGCAUUGGAAAUGCUGUAAUGAACAAUACAGGUCAUUGUUGAUUUGUCGAGAUUAUUUUCUCAGGAGCGGUUGUGCUUUUCUUUGUUUGUCUUUCCGUGGAACAUGACUGUGAAAGUGUAGACGUUAAGUUAGUUUUCUUCAGAACGUUUCUUCUUCGGCACAUUAUUUUCAUGAAAAUGCACUUUUCUGUAUUAAAAACUACUGAUAGCUUCUUUUGCUUAGUGGGAAACGUGGCAGUUGUUGUUGAGUAAGGGAAUUACUUUUGAAACUCAAACAAAAAAUGUUUUGAUUUGAUCUACAAUUGUUUUACAGCAGAAUGCACUGGAGCUGUAUGGUUGAGAAGUAUUUUUUUUUAGGUUUCUCGUCAGCAUAUUUUACCAAAAGCUGUUGUAUAUACUGUAAUGUAUUUUUUUUUUUACCUUUCUUGCAUUUAAUGUUUGCUUUCUAUGAUCUUCAGUCCAUUCAAGACAUUUUUAUCUUAGCUAUAACUUAAAGGUGAUCCAGAGUAAUCAAAUGUAAAUAUUGAAUUUGAUUACUCCUGAUCCUGCAGGUACCAGUAUGCAUUGUUUUAGCAGACUAUACUGAAACACACUCUCUCUGAGAGAGAAGCAACUGUAGCUACAACAUCAGUUUACUCCACGGGCUGCUCAGUGCUUCACUGUGCCUGAGGCAAUACUUUACAAUCUGUAUUUUAUGUGUAAGUGUCCCUUUGUACUAGCUCUAUUAAGCGUAAAGCUUAUGUACUGAAUUGCAUUUGUUCUAUGCAGUUGUGACAAAAGCAUUUUUUACGUAAAAAAAACAAAAAUGUUUUUACAUUAUAAAAUACCUUUUCUUCUUCAGUGUGUUGAUGUUUGGAGAAGACUGAUUCUGUACAAAAACACAAUUAUUGUCAGAUUUCACGACUAUUGCUAUGCACACUAAUCUUUCUGUACUGUAAAUGUUUCUAUACCCAGCACUCCUUCUUCUAAUCUAGGUAAACUGUAGAUCACUAAUAAUUUGAAGUCCACUAUGACAAAAUAAAUAAUUUUUGUAAUGAAUAAAAAAAAUAAAUUGCCAUUGUCAUUAAUAUUGUA